AUGGGCCUCUCUCAAACGCUGCUCGUUUACGCGCUGGUGUGCGUCCACCUCGGGGUGUCCCAGCACUUCCUGCGCCUUCGCCCGUCGCCCAGCGACCACCUCCCGGUCCCCGAGCUGAAGGAGGACCCCGACCCGGAGUAUGACCCGCGGGAGCAGGACUUGGCCGAGAGGACUCUGAGGAAAAAGCUCGGCAGCAACUUUGACCCCAACUUCAUGUCCAUCAGCCUGCCGGUGGUGAACAUCUCCGCGCCAGAAACCCUGGGGAAGCCGGGGCCCAUGCCUAACGAGAUUAAAAAACUGGACCUCAACGAGACCCCCUACGGGAAGCGGGUAAAAGUGGGCAAGAAGGCCCGCAGGAAAUUCCUGCAGCUGCUGUGGACCUACACGUUCUGCCCUGUGGUGUACACCUGGAAGGACCUGGGCGUGAGGUUCUGGCCACGUUACAUCAAGGAGGGGAACUGCUUCUCCGAGCGCUCGUGCUCCUUCCCAGAGGGGAUGUCCUGCAAACCCGUCAAGUCAGUCACCAAGAUCUUCCUGCGGUGGUACUGCCAGGGCUUUCUAAGACAGAAAUACUGUACGUGGAUACAGGUGCAAUACCCGGUCAUCUCAGAGUGCAAGUGCUCGUGCUGAAGGAGGAGGCGUGUGAGAGGAGGGGGGAUUUCUAUUGCACUGUUAACUCUCUACAGAGGUGGGCACCAUACAGAUCUAUUUUUUUAUAUUAUAUAACAUUUUAAAGUGAAAAAAAAAACAACAUUGUACAUAUUUAAGGAAAAAUAAUGCAGCUACUUUUUUUUUUCUUCUAAAUGAACUUGGACCAUAUUUUAUUCUCAACAACCCAGAACAUUUUGUUUGUUUGUUUGUUUGUUUGUUUGUUGUUUUGGGGGUGGUGUGUGAGGGGAGCACUUCACAAGGAAGAGCUUUUUUUAUAUAUAUUUUGAUGAGACAUUAAAGAUGGAAUUCAUAAUAUGCUACACUUCUCCAAGAGGUGAACUUUUUCUUCUUUUGUUGUUGUUUUCAACUGAACAUUGAUGCUGUCUGUUGUUUCACUGCAAAGCUGCCUAGAGGUUUUUUUUUUUUUUUUUGUAUUAUAUUAAUAUCAGUAAUAAUGAAAAAAGUUGAGGUUAAAGAGUAUAUAUAAAGGGGUGAACUCAGCUUUUUUUGAUAGUAUUGUAGGAAUAAACAAAUCUGUACGUUUUAUUUAUUAUUUUAACGAUUUGUGAGUAUAGAGCAUAAGAGAAAGAGAAUAGCAGAAUAUACCAUAAAAAAUAUUGAAGACUUAAAUAUUUCUAAAGAAAAAAAAGGACAAAAAAAUAAAUAAAUAAAUGAUUUGAAAACAAAAAGCAAGACAUAUCAGUGUACAUGUUAUGGUUACACGUUUUUAGCAAUAAAGUCUGUCUUCUCCACGUGC